CGCAUGCGCUAUCUCGCGUACCGAGCAACACAAGUUUCAACGACACCUAAUCAUAAUUUUCCACUAUGUACCGCAAAGAGAAGCCUUUAAUUUUGAAAAGCAGCGCAUCUUCGCUUACGAACAACCUUUCUGUGUUGGUUGCUUUGGAGAAAGGAGUCCUGAACUAUGCCGUCGUCCAUAAAGCUGUUGUCAACAUUAUAUCGGCAUCAACUGAUGGAUCCACAGUCAAUAGCAGAAACAUCGUCUGCAAAGAACCUUCGGCGGCCCAGCAGAGCACACCAAUGAUUAUACAAGCCAAAUGGAUAUGUCUUCCUACAAGGACAGUUUUUAUUUUAACUUCAUUAAAAGGAAUACAGAUGUUUGAAUCAGAUGGGUCUGCAAUGAUAUACUGGCAUGCUCUAGGUGAUAUCAACAGCACAGACAUAUUAGAACAUGCCAAUUUUGGAAGAGGAAUUGCAGGAAUAGGAGAAAAUUUUAUCUGUAUUGGUACACAGCUGGGAGAAAUUCACGUAUUUAAUGUUCCAGCCAAAGGAACAAAUGUCACAUUGAAAGGAAGCUUAAUAGGACAUAGACACCCUGUGUGUGAUUUAGCUUCUAGUGGAAACACCAUGGUCAGUUCAGACGAGCAAGGAAACAUCAUCAUCUGGUCACUCUCAGGGACUAAUUUUAAACAGACUCACUCCAUUACAGGGUCAGGAUUUCCUUGCAGUAGUCUUGCCUUGUGGAAGAAUGUUAUUGUAGCUGGAUUUGGUAAUGGUCAGAUACGACUCUACUCGGCAGAAACAGCUAAACUGGCGGUUCAGGUUAAUGCUCAUGCUCGCUGGGUCACCGCCUUAGAUGUGGCAUCUGACAAUGGAAUGCUGUUAUCAGCGAGCGAGGAUUCAUUUGUGCGAGUGUGGCAGCUAAAGGAAGGCAACCCUAUGCCAGAGAUUGAGUACUUAUACCAGGAGUGUGUCACGGACCAGCAGUUGGUGGGGGUGCAGUUCCUCCAUCCCCAGGGCAGAGCAUUCUGUACCACAGGGUACGACAGCUGUGAUCUCUCCUUCUACGUCCAGAGCUAGACUCGGUGUGAUGGACAGUCUAAUGUAUCAAUAAUAGGGCUGGGAUGUUACAUGUAUCCUGUGAUAAAAACUUGCAGUUGAACCUAAUUAUGGUGAACUUUAUGGGACUGAGGAAAAACUCCAGGGAUUUGAGAUAUCCAGGGUUAAAUUCCUUAAAUAAUAAGCCGUUUGGACUUCAGGUUUACUUUGACAUAUCCAUGGUAUUUAAGAUAUAGGUAUUCAACUGUACAUGUAUCCUGUGAUAACAUGCAUAUCAAAUGGUUAAGAUACAGUAUGUCAUGUGUUCUGAUAGUUUUCUUUAGUAUAUACUUACAAACCAAAAUUCUGAAAAUUAAACACAGUUAGGUAUUAUAAAUUUUUAGGGUUUUUACUCUUAAUUUUAUUUUUAGAAAUUAUAUUUAGUGGUUAUUAAGUACAAUAUUAAUUAAAUACUAGUACUAGUUGUGCUAAAACUAAUUUAGAAACUUUUUAAAUCACCUUUUUGUGACUUAAAUUCAUUCCUAAAAUAAAAAUAUUUCAUACCGCCCCAGCCCUAUGGAAGUGUGACUGUAAUAUACAUGUACCGGGGUAUGUUAAAUAUGUUAGAUCUCCGUUAUUAUUUUACAGAUCAUUGAUAUGGCUGUAACUUAUUGCAUUUGUUGUACAAAAUGUUCAUUUUAUUGCUUGUUGGCUUUUUGUUUUCAGAUGAAGAAAAAAAUGUAAGGAUUUUUUUUUAAUUGAUUGUUUCCAAUGAAUUCUUACUUUCAUUUCAAAUUUUUCCUAUGUUCAGGCAAUAUAAACUCAAAUUUUGGUCUUAUUAUUAGAUCAUGACUUUGUUAUGUAUGAAAAUGAAUGUUUUUGUUAUUGCCUUUUUUAGAUAAACACGUGUACUUUAAAUACUUCUUUGUUGGCUUGUUGAGGAUCAUAAUUAUAUUAUUUGUCUGACAAUUUUACAUGUAAAUGAACAUUUAAGGGGAAAGCACUUUAAAUCACCUGACAUUCAGAAAUUUGUACAUAAUUUUGUUUUUAAAUUGUGCAUAUAUAGAGAAAAUCGAUGUAAAGUUUAGUGCAAUGCAUUUAAAUUUAAGUUUAAGCUCUGAAAUUUCACAAGACACUGUGAUAUUCAAUUUUAAACUCCUAAUAACAUAGGAGGAAAACCUAAUUGGCCUUUUGGAAAAGUAAUUAACUUACAGUAAAUGAAAAAUUUAUAUUCCAUAUAGUCAGUCGUUUAAAACUCUCACAAUAUCUGAGAUGUCUCAAAAUAUAGUGAACUACAAAUGAAACGUUAUUUUUAGAUAACGGAUUUUAAAAGAGUACAUGUACAUGUGUAUUUAUUUUGAUGCUCAAUUUGUAAUUGUGUAGUUGUCCCAGAUUUUCUAUUGUUACUUCUUGUUCAAUAUUCUAAAUGUGUUCAAAACAAGUGAAACAAAUUGUUGUGUAACAGUAGCUUAAAAAUCAAGGAUACAAUGCUGUAUGAUAACAAAGAUGGUUGAACAGAUUGAAUUGGCUCUUAGUCUUAAUAAUUAAUCAAGAAACAUUGACCAAGGGUUUUAAUUAACGACUUGUGUUAUAUAGCUUCACUAAAUGGUGUUUGUAAAUGCAUUGU